AUAGGAAAUGGCCACGCAAGCGAGCGGAAUGACAACAUUGCAUCCGAAGUCUCUCUACUCGUCCAAAUAUCGUUUAAUUUAAGCUUUUUAAAUCCGCUUUAAACAUGUCGGAUCUUUGUAAGUAUCCUUGACAUGCAGAAGUUACAGAAAAAAUAAAACAUUUGUCUCGCAGUGCUGUGAAAACAUGUUUCUGGUAGCUGUGAAAGCUAACCAGCAGCAGCAGCAGCAGCUAGCUAAGUUAGCAAAUGGCUGUUCGGUUGUGAUGUCUGUCACUGUGGAAAAUGACAAGAAGACGAGCAAAACAGUAAUGACGCUGCUAAUGAAACACUUGGCUAACAGCAUGUGACACACGAGCUCUCUGCUCACCAAAAAGUUGGUAUUAAAAGAUGCCCCGACUGGAAGAGUUGGCCAACGUUGCCCUCAGGGUGCCGAGCAUACUGGUGCUGGACCUGCUCUACAAAUGUGACAUUGAAGGUUUAACGGAGCACCUCAAGGCCAAAAAUGAAGACAUGCUCUUCAAAUACAAAUAUGUCAUCUGGAACAUGUACUACCUUGGUCAUCUGAUAAACGUGGUGGUGUUGGUUCUGCCAUUGAGACACAUUGUGACGCUCUACCUCCAUAUCCUCGCUGCCCUGCUUCUAUACAUGGGGCAUCAGAUUUCCAAGGAUUAUGUUCGUGAGGAGCUGCAGUACGGUUAUGAAGGAGCUGUGUACCUUGAUUCUCUGGCCUUCAACAGAUAUGUCUCUGCAAUGACUAGUCAGAUUAUUCUCAGCACGCUGUGUGCCUUCCUGAUGAAGACCAAAAAGGUGUGGUUGUUCUCUGCUCACAUGCUCCCUCUGCUGGCCAGACUCUGCGCUGCUCCUCAUGCCACGCUGUUGACUGUCAACACUUUCUCCAUGGGACUGACAGGAGCAGGAAUCACCGUGUUCCUCCUCUCACAUCUCUUUCUGCCAUAUCGCCUCGCAAAGGCUGCCUAUUCAGAGCUGCUUCAGCUGGAGGUGAUCGAACUGUACAGACUUCUGGCUGUGGGAGUCUCUCUGUGGAACCAGUUUGCCGUCCCAGUGCUCUUCAGUGUCUUUUGGUUAGUUCUGUUCGUCGUCCAGCUGUGCUCAGACACGAUGUAUGGCAACGCCUCAGCAGGCCAUCAGGGAAUCAUGUUCUUCCUGCUCACAAGUGUGUCUGAAUGUUGUGCCACCCCAUACUCUCUCCUGGGUUUGACCUUCGUGGUGUCCUAUCUCGCUCUUGGACUGCUCAACUUGUGCAAGUUCUACCUUGGAGGUUAUGUAGCUGUUCAGAAUGAGAACGUCAUGCACAGAGGUGUGACAGAGGGCGUCACGCUGCUCCUGCUGGCUCUUCAGACGGGACUGUUAGAUAUGCAGGCGCUGCAGCGCACCUUCCUCCUCAGCAUCAUCCUCUUCAUCGUGGUGACUUCAACCCUGCAGUCCAUGAUUGAAAUAACAGAUCCAGUUAUUCUGGCUCUGGGGGCAUCACGCAACAGGAGUCUGUGGAAACACUUUCGUGGCAUCAGCAUGUGUCUGCUUCUGCUGGUUUUCCCUGUGUUUAUGGCUUAUAAAAUCUCCCAGUUCUUCCACAUGGACUUCUGGCUCCUCAUACUGGUGUCUAGCUGCAUGCUGACCUCCCUUCAGGUUACAGGCACCAUGCUGAUCUACUCCCUCUUCAUGGUGGAGCUGUUUCGCAGUUACCCGAUUGAGAGCCUAGACGAAGUGAUCUACUGGGUGAACGCUGUCAGCAGGGUGCUGGAGUUUGUGGUGGCGCUCUGCGUGGUGACGUAUGGUACCUGGGAGUCACUGUUUGGGGAGUGGAGCUGGAUGGGCGCCUCCGUCAUCAUCAUCCACUCUUACUUCAACGUGUGGCUCAGAGCUCAGUCUGGCUGGAGGAGCUUCCUGCUCAGACAGGAAGCAGCUAAGAAGAUCAACUCCCUUCCCAGAGCCACAGCUCAACAGCUGCAGCAAUACAACGACGUCUGCUCCAUCUGCUUCCAGGAAAUGAGCUCUGCGGUGAUCACAUACUGCGGACAUUUCUUCCACGGCAAUUGUCUCAGAAAGUGGCUCUAUGUGCAGGAGACCUGCCCCAUGUGCCACCAAACAGUCCGACCCACCCCGCCAGGUGAGAACCUGGCUUCAGGCGACGCUCCGGCAGCUCCAACUCAGAGAGACACGGGGCCAGAUCCGGCUGCACAAGAGGGAGAUCAGAACCAGGACAACGGCACGUCCCAGGAGACACAGAGCAAUGCUGUAACUCCUGAUCCCACCGAGCAGCAGGAGCAGACGGAAAGCUUUGAGGAUGGACAUUGUGGGACAGAAGUUAAAGAGCAACCAGCUGAACCUUACAGGGAAGCUGUCCAAGGUCUUCGUUUCAGCUCCAAUGGAGACUUUGUUGGAUUUGUCAGUCCAGUGUCAAGCUGCUCUUCAGGGGGCAUUUCUAGUUCCCAUGUGCUGCUGAGUAAAACUUUUCCUCCUCCUAACAUGCACAGCCAAGGUGAGGAGAGUGACAAGGACUCCCCACUGCCAUUGACUCCUAAUGCUGUAAAUGAGAACAUGGUGGAGUGCCAAUCUGACUCUAAAGGAGCAGAAGUUGAAGUUACUUCCUGUCCUAGAACGCCACAAAACGGUGAUGACAGCUGUGAUGGGACACCUAAAUCAUGUAACAGCCUUGAUUCACCGGGAUCAUUAAACAAUGCUGAUAAAAUUCUUGUGGCAUCUGCUACGAGCUUUGAUGACAGCCAAACUAUGUCAAAUCAUGUAACUGAGAACUCUUAGACUGCAUUGACGAUCCUCAAAGUAAAAACGGUAACAGCAAAUAUUCAGACAUGGACCUGGACAGACUCAGAGAGGCUGAAACUGUCCCACAGACCCCCUAGCUGCCCUCCUCAGAUGCCACCUUCUCUGCCCUGCAUCAGUGCCUUGAAGUGUGAAAAGGGGCGAUUCUCAAUAAUAGGGAAUUAAACACAUUUGCCUUCUCUCUGUGAACCAAUAGGGAGGAAAUUGUUUGUUUUACCACACAGUGUGCUUCAGUUGAGCAAAUAACAUGCAUAUAGAUUGAAUAUAGAGACUAAAUUGUGUUGGGUUAAAAUAUUACACUUAUUGUACAAAUGUAAAGAAGUUGUUUGAAGAAAUCUAAUUCAUAGAAAUGAAAAGCAAGUAUCUUACAUCAAUAUUUACCAAAUUCUAGCAGGUUACAAGUAAAGAUGUUAGAGAAAUUAAAUGGGAUUUCAUUUAUUUUUAUUUAUAUGUAAUUUUUUCCGAUGUCCUUUUAGUUCUCAUCCAUUGCAUUUUUGUGAAAGCAAUGUGGCAAAAGGAAAAGCUUCAGCAAUCAGCCUUUGUUAAUAAUGAAUCAGCCUUUUGUACUGCAAAGGUUCUCUGUCUCCCAGUAUUAAAUACUGCUGUGAACAUUAUUUCUAUAUUAAUAAAAUCAUGACAGGUG